UUGUGCAUCCUUGAAAAGACAUUCCUUCCUACCUCCCCGACUCUGGAGACCAGGAGCCCUCAAUCAAUAUUCUCGACUCAAUGGCUUCUUCUUAUUCAUCGAUUCUAAAACCAGGAGGAGGAACCCUCAACCGUCUUUACUCUCAGCUCAAAGGUUUCCAGCUUGUCGGGGGAUCGACUUCAAUUCCCCCUUCUACUUGUCCCAAGCUUAGACAGUACUCCCAAAGUCUUUCUCUUCUCAACCUCACACUGAAACCUACAAGAAAUGCGUCUCUUCUUCCUAUAAUCAAAGCCCAGGGCUCUCCAGACUACUUCCCGGAUGCUAAUUUCUACAAAGUGGAGGCGAUUUUGAGACCCUGGCGAAUCCCACAGGUUUCAUCGGCCCUGCUGAAAAUGGGAAUUCGCGGUGUUACAGUAUCUGAUGUUAGAGGCUUUGGUGCCCAAGGGGGUUUGACAGAAAGGCAGGCGGGCUCCGAAUUUUCUGAAGACAAGUUCUUAGCUAAAGUUAAAUUGGAGAUUGUGGUGAGCAAGGAGCAGGUUGAAGCUGUAAUAGACAAGAUCAUUGAAGUGACAAGAACAGGAGAGAUCGGAGAUGGCAAAAUUUUUUUGGUGCCAGUCUCAGAUGUAAUAAGAGUUCGCACUGGUGAGCGGGGAGAAAAGGCUGAGAGGAUGGCGGGAGGCCGAGCUGAUAUGUCCUCUCCAGUGCAAAAUUAGAGCAUCUCAUCUAGAUAGAGAGAGUAUUACCAGCCCUUUUCGGUUUGCUGUUUGAUUAGUGAUGGGAUUUGCUAGUUUCUUUCUGUGUAAUUAUCUGGUGGAGUUAGAAAAAUAAAAGGACUAAGCAAGUCGCCUCUGUCUCUGUUUGUUACUAGUAUAAUAAACUAGUUUUGAAAACA